CUUCAGACUCUGUCUGGUAGGGAGUGAAGCUAGUAGCUAGUCGAGGUGAAUGAGGAAGAAAAAGUUUCACAAACGCCAAUCUUUAUCAUUCGCCAGUGUAGUCUGUUUUGCCUUUAUCACUAAAUUAAAAAGCCGGCUAGACAUAUCGUUCAACUUUUUGUAAACAAAAGAAAACGAUACCCAGUCAAGUAAUAUCCUUUCAAGUAAAUGGCGUUGACAGCGGAUGCGUGAGUGGAGCGCGCGUCGUGCGCGCUAGAUAGAAUUAAAGUUUCCGUUACCUUUUAAAUUGGAAAUCCUCGUCUUAGCUAAUUGAAUGUCGCUACAAGUGCGUCGUCAUCAACCCUGUGAAUGAUCGAAUAUUUGAUUUUGUAUAGUCCAUAGACUUACACGCGCAUCGCUCGGUUUUUUUUUCUUUGGUUGUUGCUGCUGCUGCUGUUGCUCCGAAUCGAUUGUUUCCAUCAUCUUCUUCAUUUCUCCCGAAAUCGAAAUGCAUCUACGACUGUCGGCGACCUCAUCAGCCACUCCUGGCCUCUCUCCUUUGCUCGUGCUCUGGAUGUUGCGGAUGGUCGCCACUUGCUACGUGGAAACAAAUGGGAUGCGUUAUUCUAGAGGACCCUUGUCGGUGGCGGAGGAGGUGGAGGGCCGUGAGAACGACGAGAAGCGGCUGUUGAGGCACUUGAUGCGCGGCUACGAGCGUGAUGUCCGUCCAGUCAAGAACGCCUCGACACCAGUUGUCAUCCAAUUGAGCAUCACUUUGACUCAAAUCUUCGACAUGGACGAGAAGAAUCAAGUCCUCACAUCGAUCGUCUGGCUGGAUCAAGAAUGGAAAGACGAACUUCUGACAUGGGAUCCCAACGAUUUCGGUGGAUUGAAAAUAAUGAGAAUGCCGUGCGAAAGGAUCUGGUUACCUGAUAUUGUCCUCUACAACAACGCGGAUGAUUACACUCGCGGGUACAUGAACAGCAAGGCCAUGGUCAGUUAUGACGGCAACGUAUUUUGGCCGCCUCCCACCAAGUUUCGGAGCACUUGCCCUGUUGACGUUACAUAUUUCCCGUUUGACGACCAAACGUGCGUCAUGAAACUCGGCUCGUGGACCUACGAUGGAUUCCAGGUGGACGUAACUAAUCGAACAUCGGAAGUGGAUUUAACCAAUUACGUGCCCAACGGCGAAUGGGAAUUGUUGGAGGCGCGGCUCAUCCGCAACGUCGUCUUUUACAGCUGCUGCCCUGAACCGUUUCCUGACUUGACGGUGACGCUCAAGAUCCGCCGCAAGAUCCUUUACUACAUGGUCAACGUCGUACUACCCUGCGUGAUGAUGUCCGUCCUGACUCUGCUCGUCUUCUGUCUGCCUCCGGAAUCGGGCGAGAAGAUCGCACUUGGCAUCACCGUCCUUCUGGCCUUUUCCGUCUUCAUGCUGGCCAUUGCUGAAAAGAUGCCGGAGACUUCCGAGUCGAUACCACUCAUCGGGAUUUAUCUGACUGCUGUGAUGGCGAUUACUUCCAUUUCGGUGGUCAUGACGGUGAUCGUUCUCAACUGCCAUUACAAAGGACCUACCGCCAAGCAAGUUCCUCGCUGGAUGAGAAGAUAUGUUCUCAGAUCGAGUGCCGGAAGAUGCAAUGAUCAUCAUCAGAAACGGCCGGCGGCGCAUUAUCAAGCCUUUGAAGAGGCGGCAGCAACUGCAGCGGCUGUGGCAGCAGCCGGUGCUAAUACGCCUGUCGUUGGGCCGACCGGCAGUUGUCUGGGUAACGGAUGUCGUCUCAAGAGCGGAGCGUCCAGCAACUCUGCCAGCCGAGAAAAUAUUCCUUCGGCCGAAUUCAUGCACAGCGGUGGCGUUGGUGGCGGCAUCGAUAACUAUAGAGGACUGCCCAAUCCGGCCUCUAGUGUUUCCACCAUCCCGAUGACCCUCAACACUUCCGCCCCGCCCCAAUCGUUUCGAUUCCGCGUCGCCGAGUAUUCCGAGGAACGAAAACGCAGUUUCGUCCGACUCAGCCGAAAAUAUCGUCAAGCCCAGCACAGCCAAGGCGCACAGACGGAGAGCGAAGAUGAUUACGGUGAAGCCAUGCUAUCCAUUAGCGUGCCACCUCCUGGUCUUCUCCAUUCAACACUUCCCGUUCCUGGUAUGGGGGAAACUGCAAUGGAAUCGGGAGGCCUUUGCCAAACUUGUCGGAGGACUGCGGGACUGGGCGGAACUGGGUGUAACAAGCCCAUCCAUUCACCGUACGCGUUCAACGUGUCGAAUGAUCAAGAUAGCAUGAUGCGCUAUUUCCUCGACCGGCAAAAGUUCACCGAAGACGGCCAAGCCGUUGUCAUUGAGUGGCGCCAAUUGGCCGCUACUGUCGAUCGCAUUCUAUUCUGGGUCUUUUGCGUCAUGACUUCCGUCUCAUCAGCUCUCUUUCUCAUAAUCAUACCUGGAUACAACCGUGGUUGGUUCAACCCCAAGCCACUUUGAAUAGAAUAAUACCUCAUCGGUGAAUGCAGUCAAAUGUAUAAACCAGACUUUGACUGUUGCGGAGUGUUGCGGGGGGGGGGGGGGGGGGGGGGGAGCACUGAUCGUCUUUGAGAUGAAUUUGACGUCCUCCAGAACGGCACACGUUUUAUUUGAAUUAGGAAAAGAUGAAGCAAUUUCUAAUAAAUGCGGCUGUUUCUAGCCCUUCGAUCAAUGAAGCUUAUCCAACCCAAGCCAGGGUAAAAUUCUGUACACGGAGUGUGUGUGAGUGUAUAAGUGUGUGUGUGUGCAUUCUAUUUGAUUUUGAUACUUCUGGCUAAAAGCCUCGUUUCCGGGCGCGAGAGGACUUUGCCUCUUUCAGUGCUGAAAGGAGCCUAUAUAAGAAUAUAGACCUUCGAGGAAAACAGCCAUCAUAAUAGCGCUUGAUAGAACGAGAAGAAACUGUAUAUGUAUCUACGUAGUUAGAUCGCAAAUAAAAA